GCCUCCGCCGGCGACGCCGUUCGGGUCGCGCCGGGGCUCGAUCGAAUUCGCGGCGGGGCUCGGCUUGGUCUCGAGCUGAUUCCGCGUGGCUUGGCGGGUUCUUUCCAGGCGGAGAUCGCGCGCUGAUGGUGGCGCGCGGUGUGUGCUUUCUCUGACCCCUGAGAUAUCGUUGUUUCCAUCUGCUGGAGUUCAAGCGCAAUCAUGGCUCGAAGUAACUGGGAAGCUGAUAAAAUGCUUGAUGUAUACAUACAUGAUUAUAUGUUGAAGAGAAAAUUGCACGCUUCUGCUAAAGCUUUUAUGACUGAAGGGAAAGUUGCCACUGACCCAGUAGCUAUUGAUGCACCGGGAGGAUUUCUUUUUGAGUGGUGGUCUGUCUUCUGGGACAUUUUCAUUGCAAGGACAAAUGUGAAGCAUUCUGAUGCUGCUGCUGCUUACAUUGAGCAAUUAAAGGGUAGGGAGCAACAACAGCUUCAGGUGCAGCAAUUACAACUUUUGCAGCAGAGAAAUGCACAGCUACAGCGGAGGGAUCCUAAUCAUCCCACUCUUGGUGGUUCUCUCAACAAUGUAAACCCUGAAGUAGUGAUGGGGCAGCCAUCACCAAGUAUGCUGGCCAUGAAGAUGUACGGGGAACGCAUGAAUCACCCUCAUGGGAUGGAUUUAGAAACUUCUCCAGCUGUCAUUGAUGCCAAUAGGAUGGCCCAUAUUAAAGCAGCAACAGAUCGUCAAGGCCAGUUGAUUCAAGCUAAUCCUGUGAACAUGCCAUCAUCUUUGCAGCAAACGCCACCACAACCUGCCCUCGCUACCUUAUGCAAUCAACGGAGCUUGCAGGAUGUCAAAAGUGAAAUUAACCCAGGUGCAACUCAAAAGUCUUUGGCCGCGGAUCCUUCAUCAAUAUAUGGACAAGCAAUUCUACAAUCAAAAUCAGGUCUUGUUCCUUCAGGAUUAAAUCAAGGGCUAACUGGCCUUCCUCUGAAAGGUUGGCCUUUAACUGGACUUGAUCAAAUACGGCCAAAUAUUGGUGGUCAAAUGCAGAAGUCUGCCCAACCAAACCAAAAUCAGUUUCUCUUGACAUCACAACAGCAGCAGCCCUUGGCACAACCUCAGGCACAAAGUAGUCUUGGAAAUCCAAAUACCUUAAGUGACGUGGAUUCCCGGCGGUUUGGUGGACUGCCUAGAGGUGGUUCAAAUGGAAAAGAUAAUCAAUCCACAAAAAAUGAUGGAUCAAGUUCGCCAAAGAAUAGGAAAAGAAAACAAAAUUCAUCUUCAGGGGCUGCUAACAGUACUGGCACAGGACCGUGUCCUUCACCAAACUCUCCACCGUCAACUCAUACACCUGGUGAUGGAGUAAAUACAGCAAGCAGUCUACGGUGCACUAAUGGUGCUGCAAAAAGCAUGACUAUUCAUGCCACUGCGGGGAGUGGAGGUCCUGCAUCCUCAACAAACCUGCUGGAAGAUGUGGAACGUUUUGGAGAUGUUGGGUCUUUGGAUGAUAACGUGGAAUCUCUUCUGUCACAUGAGAGCGGAGAUGGAAGUAAUAUUUAUGGAACAGCAAAGCAGAGCCCUCCUGAGCGUCAGAAAGAGUCUUCUAAGAGUUUCACUUUUGGUGAAGUUGGUUGUAUAAGAACAAGAAAUAGCAAAAUCACAUGCUGUCAUUUCUCUUCAGAUGGAAAGUUACUAGCUAGUGCUGGUCAUGACAACAAGGUGGUCAUUUGGAACAUGAAUACACUACAAACAGUGAGCAUGCCCGAGGAGCACAAAUCAGUUAUAACCGAUAUUCGCUUUAGACCAAAUUCAUCUCAACUUGCAACAGCUUCAUUUGAUAAAUCUGUGCGACUUUGGGAUGCAACACAGCCAAACUUUUGUUUGGAUGCUUAUACUUCCCAUAGUUCACCAGUUAUGUCACUCGAUUUUCACCCAAGGAAGACCGACCUCUUAUGUUUUUGUGAUAAUGACAAUGAAAUCCGCUAUUGGAGUAUCAAUCCAUUCUCAUGCACUCGAAUAUCCAAGGGAGGCACCCAACUAGUAAGAUUUCAGCCAAGAGUUGGACAGCUACUGGCAGCAGCAUCAGACAAAGUCGUAACCAUCUUUGAUGUUGAAACUGACCGGCCUAUGCAUUCAUUGCAGGGACAUCCUGAUUUGGUAAACUAUAUCAGCUGGGAUGCAAGUGGAGAAUGCUUGGCAUCUGUCAGUCAGAACCUGGUAAAGAUUUGGUCCUUGACUAGAGAAGAGUGCAUCCGGGAGCUGAGCUCGAUAGAAAACCAAUUCCACUCCUGUGUAUUUCAUCCCACCUACCCCAAUCUCUUGGUGAUUGGCGGAUUUUCGUCCUUGGAGCUUUGGAACAUAGCUGAGAACAAGAGAUUGACGGUUCGAGCACACGAGAAUAUAAUCUCAGCUUUGGCACAGUCGCCUGCAACUGGAAUGGUUGCCUCGGCGAGUCACGACUGCUCUGUUAAAAUAUGGAAAUAAAGUUCAAAGUGUUGCUGCUGCUUCUGAUUUACAGGAAUGAAGAAUUCCACAUCGUGGAAGACGCGUAGCGAUUAACACAGCGAGGGUGGAAGAUGUAGCAUGAUGAGUUGCUUUUGUAGCUAUGUUACAAUAGUAGUAUUAUUGAUCUCUAUGUCGUUCCGCAGGAAAGAACUCUCUCUAUAGUCAUCUCGAUGAAAAGUGAAGGUUUGGAGGGCUAUGCUGUAACUUGUCCCCAGCUUGAUCUAAAGGCAACUAUACUCCCUCAUUUGUAUAGGCUCGAAAUAGAUUGACUUAGUGUGUAUAAAUCAGAAGUUCAGAA